ACGUGAGCAUCACGUGAGAAGGCAAAGAAGCGAUCUUCUCGCUAACUCGCCCUAAAAAUCGUCCGGGCGAGUAAAAAUUCAUCGCUGUGUUCUUUCAUUUCCUCGGAUCACCAUCGCCGAUUUUUCUCCGACCACCGUCAACAACCACAGCAACCACCAGGGAAAAGAAAUAUUCUCUCUUGCUUAGUCUAUAUUUAUGGUUAGAGGAAGAGAUGCAUGUUGGGAACAUUGUGUCCUUGUUGAUGCUACUAGACAGAAGGUAAGAUGUAACUAUUGUCGACGUGAGUUCAGUGGAGGUGUUUAUCGAAUGAAGUUUCAUUUGGCUCAAAUAAAAAACAAAGACAUAGUACCAUGUGGUCAAGUCCCGAACGAGGUAAGGGACCACAUUAAAAGUAUUUUGAACAAUCCAAAGAAACAGAAAAAUCCUAAGAAAGCAAAACUGGAUCAGGCUGCCGCCAACGGUCAGGAAAGUAGUAGCUCUUCAGCUAGCGGUGGAAUCCGUCCUCCUCAUGAUGGAUUUAGUGGACAGAAUGGUAGUCCAUGUCCUCCGUCUAUUAUGUUUGCACGCCGUUCUCCUAGUUCACAUCCAGCAGUUGACGAUGUUCAAAAGCAAAAACAGGACAAUGCUGAUAAGAAGGUUGCUGAGUUUUUCUACCACAAUGCAAUUCCUUUUUCAGUCUCAAAGUCCUUUUACUAUCAGGAAAUGGUAGAUGCUAUUCUCGAGUGUGAACCGGGGUAUAAAGCUCCAUGUACUGAAAAAUUGGGCACUAACCUGUUGCAGGAAAUCAAAGUCGAUAUCAACGAUGGUUACAAGAGAUUAAGGGAUGAAUGGAAAGAAACAGGCUGCACAAUCUUAUGUGAUUGCUGGUCUGACGGAAGGGCCAAAUGCCUUGUGGUAUUUUCUGUGACAUGUGCUAAAGGGACAAUGUUCCUUAGGUCCGUAGACGUAUCUGAUCAUGCAGACGAUCCUCAUUAUCUAUUCGGGUUGCUUGAAUCAGUUGUUCUGGAAAUUGGUGUUAAAAAUGUCGUCCAAGUAAUGACAGAUAGUUCUGCUAGUUACAUAUAUGCCGGAAGGCUUGUCAUGAAGAAGUACCCUUCGGUGUUCUGGUCUCCGUGUGCUUCACAUUGUAUCAAUAAAAUGUUAGAGGAUUUCAGCAAGCAUGACUGGGUGAACGUUGUCCUUAAAGAGGCAAAUAUAAUCACAAAAUACAUAUACAGUAAUGACUGGAUUCUAGAUAUGAUGAAAAAAUUUUCAGUUGGAGAGGAGUUCAGCCUUGUUCGACCAAGAAUUACAAAUUUCGUAGCAAUUUUUCUCUCUUUAAGGGCCCUUGUAAUUCAAGAGGAUAAUUUGAAACACAUGUUCUCUCAUGCGGAGUGGUUGUCAUCCAUAUAUAGUAGGCAACCCGAAGUCCAAGCCAUAAAGUCAUUGUUGUGCCUUGAAAGAUUCUGGAGAUCUGCACGUGAAGCUGUUACGGUUUCUGAACCUCUACUUAAACUGUUGAGGAUUGUCGACGGAGACAUGCCUGCUAUGGCCUAUAUGUACGAGGGAGUGGAAAGAGCAAAGCUCUCCAUUAAAGCAUUUUAUAAGGAUGUUGAUGAAAAAUUUAUGCCGAUUUGUGAUACAAUUGACAGGAGAUGGAGCAUGCUUCUUCAAUCCCCAUUACACGCAGCAGCAGCAUUCCUUAAUCCCUCCAUUUUCUACAACUCGAGCUUUAUGAUUGAUGCAAGGAUCAGGAAUGGCUUUCAAGAAGCCAUGACGAAAAUUGCUUCUGAGGAUAAAGAUAAAGUAGAAAUUACUAAAGAACAUCCAAUGUACAUAAAUGCGCAAGGUGCUUUAGGGACUGAAUUUGCAAUAAGGGGAAGGACACUGAAUGCCCCAGCUGAUUGGUGGAUGGGUUAUGGCUAUGAAAUUCCAACUCUACAGAGGGCUGCUAUACGGAUUUUGAGUCAACCUUGUAGUCUUCACUGGUGUAGAUGGAACUGGAGCACUUUUGAUGGUGUUCAUGACAAAAGACGGGAAAAGUUGGAGCUUGAUAAAUUCAAUGAUCUCGUUUACGUGCACUGCAAUCUCUGGUUACGGGCAAUUAUAAGAAGUAAAGAUGGCAAAUGUAAGCCAAUCAAUUUCAACGAAAUAGAUGUCGGCACGGAAUGGCCUACUGAAGUUGAAGUUGCACCAUGCACUUACCUGGAUGAUUCAUGGUUGCACACUUCACCCCUUGAAGGCAGAGGUUGGUUAGACACUUUCUGAGGAAUUAGAAUCCAUUGAAGGGGGGUCGGCUUGGGAAGGGGAAAGUGGUGGAGUGGUUAAAAGUGGAAGACUGUAAAUCUGUUGAAGUUCUUCUACUUCUAUGAAUCCUGUCUCUCCAGUAGACUUCAGAGAAAAGGAAAUAGGCAUACGUCAGUGCAGGAAGGCUAACCGAGUGAAACUCUUUCUUUUUUUGGCAUGUAGGGGAAUGAGAUGCCUUGUAUGCAUGUACGUUGCUCAACUUGUUGGGAUUGAAUAUAGAUGGAAAAUCUAUAGAUUGUAGCUGUUCGCCUACCUCUUUGUGUUCCUUCCUCGUUGCGUGAUGUUAGCAUACAAGGCAUUGCAAUACCUUACCUGCUGAAUGAACGAAGACAAAUCAUGAGUGUUGUACAACACCUCAACCACUCGAAUCGACGUAGUUGUUAGCCUACCUCUUUGGCGCUCCUUCCUCGUUGCGUGACGUUAGCAUACAAGGCAUUGCAAUCCCUUACCUGCUGAAUGAACGAAGACAAAUCAUGAGUGUUGUACAACACUUCAACCACUCGAAUCAACAUCGUCAAGAGGUGCCAAAUGGUGGGAGCUCCAAGCGGGGAAGAGAAGAUUGUAAUGAGCCAUCCGAGAAAAGUAUAAAACGGACACAGAAGUCGCAUCCAAAGGUAUGGCCUAACGGUAAUUGAAGUAGCUGAGAAACCAUAUUUAAUUCCCAGCCAAGAUAGAACACUAUACAAUUUCUUCUUAUCUACCUAAGCUUUGGUAAUUAGAGUUAUUCGCUUGGUCUCCGUAGCUUUUUAUGUACUUCUUUAUAUCAUCUUUUCUAUUAGAAGGAAAUGUUGCAGUAAAUUAGACACUUAUCUAGAGUUGUUGUAUAUAAUGUGAUAUUGAAUUAUCAAUUUUUUUAAUUCAUUUU